GAGAAAUAGUCAUAAUAUUAUGAGGAAAAAGUCGUAAUAUUACAACAUUAGUCAUAAUAUUAUGAGAAUAAAGUCGCAACUUUAUGAGAAAUAACGUCAUAAUACUAUGACAUUACAGUCGUAAUAUUGCGAGAAAAAAAGUCAUAAUAUUAUGAGAAUAAUGGUGUAACAUUACGCAAAAUAAAGCUGUAACAUUACGAGAAAAAAGACAUAACCUUUACAUGAAAAAGCUGUGUUACUACUGCAUUAAAAUAAGGAAUGUUGGAGAAAAUGAGCAAAAAAUCAGGACCGGAAAAUGGAUUUUAUGUCUUUAUCAUAAUAUUAUGACUUUUUUUCUUGUAAUAUUACAACUUUAAUCUCAUAUUGAUACGACUUUAAUCCCAUAAUAUUAUAACUUUAAUCUCGUAAUUGAAAAAAAAGAAAAUCUUGUUGUGUGGCCCAAUACUCUGUAAGUAAAUAACUCAGAAAUACUAAGAAAAAAAAGUGUUGUAUCGUCUGUACUUAAUAAACACGACUGUGACUAAUUGGUUUUUGUUUCUCAAAGUGUUUACGGUGAGUUUAGGGUUUCUGGUUAAACCGUUCGAUCCUGCAGGAUAAAAUCUUCUGGCAGUGUAAGUGUCAGAACACGCUGAGGAGAAACUCUCAAGCUGCUCGUCUCUGUCUGUGGCCCCGGGACACCACUCCCUUGCGUGUCCCUCCUCCCAGUUUUUUUUUUUUUUGUACUUUUGCACACAGUUAAAAACAAUCUUGUUGUCAGUUGUCUUGGGGAAACGUCAUGCUGGCAGCGGCAGCAUGUGGAGGGCAGUUGUAGUUUUGUUCCAGCUUUGGGCUCUCGCUCGGCCGGACGCUGCAGCUGUGGCCCCUCAGGACUGCAGUCUGGAAUGUAUCCGUCAGGGAUCACCUUCCUGAGAGGCUUUCAGGUUUCGGUUCAGGCUUUGGGAAGCUUCACUUUCUCCUGUCAGCUGUUCCUCUUUCACCGGAACGUUUCCCUCUCACCAUCAGACACUCAAACGUUGUACAAGUCUGACCCGUUCACCGGCCUCUCCCUGGGAUCCCAGUACGCUGUAACGGUCAUGGCUCUGCCAGUUCCGGAGCAAUGGGAGAAGUUUUAUCAGACCAAGUUCUUCUCUACUCGCUCUUGUGCAGAGAAGAACGGUCUUGAUCAGUGCAAACAAGACUGGUACCCGAAACACGUUGAGGUCCAGCAGGAAGGGUCGGUCAUCACGGUGACCUUUAACUUGGCUCCACCCAGCCUGGGCAUCAGGAGCUACUUCUGUCUGUGUUACGCCAGCGGCAUGAAGAAGUACACCGACGUAGAACCUGAUCUCUCCGUAAACAAAACUCAUCACUGCCUUCAGCUGACUGGCCUUCGAGAAGGAGUCACCUACUCUUGUGAGAUUGGAGCAAAUGAAAUCGACGCAGUGAGGAAAACCUUCAAUUUUCACGUCCUCCCCACCCAGAAAGAUCCUCCACCCUCAGAGGAUGCCUCCGACCCCGCCUCCCUGGCCAUGGUGGUCCCACUGUGUCUAGUUGUGGUCUUCAUACUUGGACUCUCACUGGCUGCUCUCAUUCGUCUGAAGUCCAAGACGCACAGGAAGAAUCUUGAAAUAAAACCAGAAGUUAUUAGGCUGCAGGAAGAGAAUGAGACUAAAGAGGAAGUGAUGUCAUUGCCCAGAGCCCGGCUGACUCCUCCACGUCUUCUGAUUUGCUACAGCAGCUGCGACGAGCCGUGUCACGUUAACGCUGUCGUGCAUUUAGCAGCCUUCAUACAGCAGCACAUGGCAACUCAGGUGUGCCUGGACCUUUGGGACUCUCUGAGCAUCGCUGAGGAGGGCAGCAUGGCCUGGCACUGCCGACAGAUCCGGGACAGCGACUUCAUCCUGGUGAUGUGCUCUCAGGGGUUCGGCACACGUCGUGACCCCGUAGAGCCAGGGAACAACGAAGAAGACGACGAGGAGGAGGAGGCGGCGGGUUUGCGGUCACAUUCCCACAUUUCCGAGGCAGUCGUCCGGCUUAUUGGAGAAGAGGUGGGACGUACCAAAGCCAGGGGCCGGGACUUGUCCAGGUACAUGGCGGCUGUUUUUGAGUACUCCGAGGAAAUGGACAUCCCCACCGAGCUGAGGCUGGUGUCUCACUACAAGCUGACGAGGGACCUACCGCUGCUCUUCUCUCACCUCCAUGGAAUGGCCCUGCACAGACCGGGGAGUUACCUGAAGAUAAACCACAUCACAGAGGAGGGGUUUGCUUCUGUACCUGCAGGAGCUGCUCUGCAGAGGGCGAUCCAUGAGGCUGGGAUGGUCAUGAGGGCAAAAAGACCGAGUGACUGAGGAGAUAUUUAAUCCACAUCAUCAUGGGUGUUGUCAGCUGAGAAAACAUUAGCUCCUAAAUAUAUGUAACUAUGCACUACGACUUGUGUAUAACACACUUUCUGCAUCCAGUUUAUAUCAACAGAACAUUUUCUGAAAAAGUGUCUUGUUAUUUAUGUUUUGUAAGAAGCUGCUAUGUUUACACUUUAUGUUGUUAGUCUGUGAAAUUACUUUUUGAGAAUAACAAAUUACAAAAAUAAUACAGUUUUGUGUUUACAGCCAUUUAUCUGUAUGCAUUUCAGUCGUCUAAAAAUGAAGAUAUCUUAGCUUCUGUAUUUUUAUGCUAAAGUGAGGUCACAGAUAUAUUUAAAUUGCAUUGUAAUAUACAGAAUUUCAUUUUUUUUAAUGAAACACUUUUCUUUGUGUAUUAAGCAUCUAUUAAAGCAUAUAGAAAACAA